GCAAUCAGUAGCGACCGAGUUGGAAGAGAAGAAAGGUCUUCCAGCUAAGCGUCUUCUUUAAUUUUGUGCAAUGAAACUUUCCAGCAUCAUCGUCGUUUCGUUAUUCCUGGCCGCUACAGUUUCACAACUGGAAGGCAGUCCAUUGGCUAGAGGCUUUCCAAAAGGUCAGUGGAUAUUAAAGCAACCUUUACAAGCCAUCGCCAAGAAAGUGGUCCGCAAAACGGUUAGCCCGGCCCAGACGUCAAAAGUUAACGUGAAAUUCAUCAACCUAAGUGAAGAGUUAAGAGCCAAAGAAAAACAAAAGACCUAUCCAUCAGCACUGACUUCGACGCCGCAUUCUGCUGUUAAAGAAAACCAGCAAAAGCAUGACAAGAAAAAGAAAAAUUCAAAUGCAAUUACUCGGAAUAUUGUCGGAGUAUGGGGACCUGGAGUCAAUCUGGAAAAAGAAAAGGACCCCAAAUUUUCUCUCAUGAAGUUCGUCCUAAAUAGUUUGAAAAGUUCACGGAGCGAACCUUUAAAGAGGACUAAAGUCCCGAUGUCUUCCCCACAGCCCCCACCGCCACCGCCACCACCUCCAGCUGUUCCAGUGGAACCCGAAAUGGAUUCAUACCUGAAAGCGCUGGAAGAAUCGAGAAUUCCAUGCCAAAAUUUGGAAGAUCCUACCGACUGUGACGACUUUACUCAUCUGUUUAAACCCUAUUGGAGCUACAAUUACGACACUAGUACUCUUUUACCGCAUCAAGGGCUUUUAUCGUCAUCAACAUUAUACAACGAGUAUUCGUCGUCUGUGAAGGAUAUUAUUGCCAAUUCGCAAUACCAGUUGGCCAGUCAACCCUCGACCGAUUCCAACGACUUCCUUUUACAAAAGCCCAUUUUGUUCCUGUCGCCUAACAUUAAAUUUACCAUUUAUCAUCAUUCAUCGCCCACUUUUGAAAAGAUACAUGACGAAACCGCUUUGCCUUCCUUUGAAACCAUCAUCGAAACUGAACCAUCAGCAUCUUCCGCUGAUGAUCCAUCAAACGAGUCUGAAACGUCUUCUCUUGAUGACUCGUUAGUUGAGAGCUCGGGACUCAGUGUUGUGGGUCCCAUGACCAAGCUGAAGGUUGUUCCUAUUUCAACGUGAGUCUUUUGGCAGAGGAACAAGUGCUGUGUGACGUUUCGAAUUGUUUGUAUAAUAUAAAUUAUUAUUUGAAUUUUUGUCGAUCCAAUCCGACAGUUGCGAAAUGGGACCUUGUAAAGAGAUGGACAUAAUUAUUUUAUUUUGGCUUGUAUUUUUAAAAGUAAUAUAUACAUACUAGGAAAGUACGCAUUAAAAAUUAAAAUACCGCGCAAUCAAUAAUAAACAAUAAGUCAAUCAUGCUAA